UCAUCAAAUGCUCUAGCAUGGAACAAAAAGGGUCACCUUCCAAUUCAUGUUGCUUGCAAAAAGGGUCAUGUUGACAUAGUCAAAGAAUUGCUCCAACUAGAAUGGCCUACGUCAAUGGACAUGUUCAGCAAGAAAGGUCAAAAUAUUCUUCAUGUUGCUGCAAAGAAUGGACAAGACAACGUGGUGAGGUUCAUACUUAAAGAGAAGAAACUACUAUUUGAGAAACACUUGGUUAACGAGAGAGAUAGAAACGGAAACACUGCAUUGCAUUUGGCUGCAAAGCACUUGUACCCUCAGGUUCUUCUCUCCCUCACACGAGAUAAAAGAGUUGAUAUGCAAAUCAUGAAUAACCAAGGUUUAACUGCUCAAGAUAUUGUUCUAGUUCGGAGCAAAGCUCCACUGAAACAUAGAGAGUAUUUAUCUCUCAUGAUUUUAUAUUCUGCCGGGGUACCACAAAGUGAGACGGCAAGAAGCGUGUUGCGUCGCCGCAAAGAGCCACCAAAAAUAGAUUGGAUCAAAGACAGAAUCAACACACUUAUGCUGGUGGCCAUUCUUAUAGCCACAGUCACAUUCGCAGCUGGUUUUGCCUUACCAGGCAGUGUCUACAGUUCCGACGAUCCAGACCCAAACCAAAGAGGCAUGGCAGUUUUGGUUCAUAAACCAAUGUUUCAAGUGUUCUCAGUGUGCAACAUGGUGGCAAUGUACAGUUCUACCCUUGGCUCUUUUGUUCUCUUGUGGGCCCAACUUGGUGACUUUCAUUUAGCAGGAAGUGCGUAUAAUUUCGCUUUGCACAUGGUUGCUGUGGCUCUUGUAACUACCUCAACGGCUUUUAUGGCAGCUGUGCGUUUAGUUGUGAGCAACGUGCCCUGGCUUGCCAAUGUCAUAACCGAUUCUUAUUCCGUUUGCGGGAACUUACGAUAAAGUGAUAGCUAAGGAGCAUGAUUCAAACUCUAUGCAAGUAGUGAACAAGGCCAAGCAACAAGAGUUGGUGUCUGAUGAAAUCUCUUGCCUUGAGGAUCAAUAAGCCAUGCAGUUGUGGAAUUUUUCCAAGAUUAUGAAUUAUAAUAACGCUCCAUUGGCUUAGUUAGUUGGUAUUGAUAACAGUUUUAUAUCAUUUGCUUCGAUCGUCAUCUACUUGGGCUUGAUGAACUUGAUUAGAUUUGACUUUAUUUAUUGGUGGCUCUCUAG